CCAUCCCUGUCCCCCAGAAGGAAGAGGAGCGUCGUGGCGUACCCAGCCGAGCACCCCCCGCUCGCAGCCGCGCUUUCGCCCCGCAGCUGAUGCCGUCCUUCAGCCCCCAAGUAGGUCCGGCGUGAAAAACUGAAUCCUCAGCCAACCUCCAGCAAGAGGCGUGCUGCUCCUUCCGGGUUUUCCGCUGCCAGGCUGAGCGAAGAAGCCCAGAAUGCUGCAUUACUCGGCCCACCCAUGCCCUGCGGCUUUCACCUUUGCUAGGGGAGGAGGACGCGAAUCCCACUCCUAGCAGGACUCUUCCAGCAAAAGGAAAAGCGGCGGGCAGGGAAUGCGGCAGCAGACAAGCAGCUCGGAGCGGAUCGGGCGGCCGGCAGGCUGCAGCGCGGAAAGAGUUAAGCGGAGGGAGACAUUCCGCCAAGGAGAAUUCAUAGCAGGGGGUCGCAGUCUGGGGAGGCAGCCGGCGGCGAGCGAGAGAGGCCGGCGCUACUGCUUCGGGGCGCCCGACUGGGGCGAAAGAGCCGCUCGCGGGCAAAGAGCGAGUGAGCGAGCGAGAAACUUUCCCUGGAUCUUUUCUCGGCACGACCUGGAGGAGAGAGACCCUGCACCCUCCGGGCGGGGAAAAAAGCUGCAGCGAUAGCGCGAGGCCGCUUCGGUCAGGAAUUCCGCUGGCACCCUUGCAGAGGCGCGGGGCUGGCCAGACGUCUCCAAAGGGAGCGCUGAACUAAGGAAUCUGGCAACGCUUCGGCUGGGAUUACUCCCUGCUUCCGUGUCUUUCCUGCAGUCCGGCACCGCGAAUGAAGCGGCAGUAACAAGAGCGGCUUUGGGUUGGGGAGGGAACUGGGGCUUCUCGGUCGCAGAGAACGUGCAAUCUUCUCCCGCUGCGGAGAGCCCGAAAGUAUCGGAGGGAGGGGCGAGACUCUGUUUCUCUUGAAAAGGGGGCCGUGAGCCCCCAGUUUGGGCUUUGGCACUUUCCAGCCUCUGUAUUUAGCACGGACGCACGCACGCUUCGCUUCCUCCCUGAGAAAUUGGAUCGAAGAAAUCCUCUCUCGCCCAACAGAUCGCUCCGCUAUUUGUUGCUGGGAGCCGAUCUGAUCCAAGAGGGAAGAGCUUGCUACAGGUAGCCGAAGUCAGUGACGCGACGCGACACGCGCGCCCGGGAGCGCUCGGGAGGUCGCGUGUGGCCCCAGAGGGUGCGGGUCGGAGCUUGUGGCUGGCGAGCCCCGCUCCUCUGCCCUCCCCCUCUUCCCCUGGCUCCCCCGCAGCCGAGGAUGAACCCUUUCCCCUGCGCCCGAGGAAGGCCGGGCGAGCAGGCGGCAGUGCAGCAAGCGGGGAGACGAGCUGUUGGGUGGGCUCUGGCGGGGGGAGAUCGUGGUGUCGAAGAUUACGCCUGGCAAACCGCGUCAAACGGCGAAGGGAAAUAGCAGCAGAAGCAGCCGGCAUCUGCGGUGGUUGAAAGACAUAAGUCUGGAAUCAAAUUGCGCACGGCCGGGACUUCUGCUGGUGCCACGGAAAGGGGCGGGGUCCCGCAAAGCCGCCACCCCACCGAUACUUUUAAAGCAAUUAACUGGUGCAAAUCAGGCUUUCAGAACAUCCUUCUCGGCUAGCGCGAGGGCGGAGCUUGACGUUCAGGAUAAGAUGUAAAAAGGAGGGAUCCUCCUCCUACAGGGAUCUUGUUAGAAAUAAGACUUCUGGUGCCCCUGGACUCUGGAUUGAGAAGCACCAGAUCCUAAAGAACCCAGCAGGGACCUUUGGGAAGUUGCAGUUGGACCUGCACAUUCUCUCUAGAAAGUCUAAUGCUGCUACCUACAGCUUUGCUCUGCCAGAAAGGGAAUGCAGCUGUGCUCCAGUCACAGCAGAAUCUCCUCUGUGCCAGGCAGACUCCCCCUUGUAGCUGGAUUUAGAAAAAGUCUGGACUUUGUAGUGGGGUGCAUCCUCGCUUGGCCCCUGCUGGUGGCCCACCUGGGAAAACCUCUAUAAGAAUGCUGACCAGUUGGAGAGAGCUGUCUACAAGGAUAAGUGCUGUACUUUGCUGUCUCCUUUUCUUCUGGCUCUUGUACUACCAUCUGCCCAAGGAAGGAAAGGAGCUGGAGGUGGGGACAUGUGAAAUCACAGCCCUGGAUAGAGAUAUGAGCCAUCCCAAAAGGAUGAUUGCCCGACAGACAGCAAGAUGUGCCUGUCGAAGGGGUCAAGUCGCUGGAACAACAAAAGCAAAACCUGCCUGUGUGGAUGCCCAGAUCAUUGUUAGCAAACAGUGGUGUGGGAUGGAGCCCUGUGACGAAGGCGAGCAAUGCACUUUAUUAAUAAAUCGUUCUGGCUGGAGUUGUACUAGGCAGCUGGGACGAAUAAAAACAGUCACGGAGAAUGCUGGAAAGAAUGCAAAUGGAGACAGAGUUGGAUGGAAAUGUGACUGAAUAUUAUCAGCCUGCGUUCAGCAUGCAGAACAUUUGGGAGGGGUUGCUUCCUGUCCUCUCAGAGUUGGGGAGGGGAAGAGAAAUGCUACAAAGUAAAGCAAGCCUGAGGCGACACUGAAUUUCAGCAGGUAUUUUCUCCAGUUUAUCUGGGCAUGCAGAGAGGCGUUGGCCUACCCCUGCUGCCUGAGGGGAAUUAGCCUUGCUAAUAGAGUUUGCACAUGAACCAUGCACAAGGACUUUGCCAGCUAUUAAUCUCACUCCCUUGCAGGGACCCACAUCCGGCAAUUUGUUUUGCAACAAAACAUUAUUUGCAACAUCAGGGUCUACACCCUCCAAGGCCCUCUUAAAAGGGACUGGUGCUCAGACAGGUAGAACAGGAUUUGGAUGAAUCUUAAGCAGAGCUCUCUAGUGCAGGGGGAAUGAGAAGGCUCGCCGAGCCUGGCACUGGGCCUGUCUUUGCAACACAAGAGGAAAACAGUGCAAUUAAGUGUCCUGGAUUAUUGCCUUGGCUCUCUGCUAAGCAGCACUGAGAGUGCUGCAGCCCAGCAUUGGCAUAAAUAAGGGUGCCUCAUUACUGACUCCAGUCACCUUCAGUGCAAGCAGUGAUGGCUUUAUCUGGAGCAGAUACCCGCGCUUUCUGAAGUCCUAAGGAAAAUGUCUUCCCCACAGUGUCGCACCGUUGUAUCCAUGUUUGCAAAUGUUUUAAAGCACUUCCCUCUCUGCUGUGCUGUUACUUCUUCCUGCUAAGGUCUUCUCGAAGCAUUUUACCAUCCCAGC